UUUCAGAGUUUAUGUUCCUUAAAACGUGUUUAAACUAGGUUUUUCGGGAGGUUUUUCCGGGGGUUUCAACAGUUAUAUCAUGUCGGAUGGUGAAGAUUCACUGGAAGAAAAGUUGCGCAAAUUUCGCCUGUGGAAGGAAGCAGAAGACGGUGGUUCCGCGUACAGUUUCGGAAACAGCAACGAAAGCACUACGAACCGCGAGAAAACACCAUCAUCCAGUAUGAGCAGCCGAGGUGGACGUCCACCGGCACAUCUGCGAGGGCGCGCAAUCGGUAUGUUCUACCGUAAUCAAGCCCGUCGUAAGCAAGCCGAAUCUUCACAGGAACCGUAUGAGGGUGGUGGCCGUGGGCGCGGCAAACCGUAUGAUCGUCAGGCACUGCAGAGGCAGAAACUACAGGAGAGGGCCAACUAUGAGGCCGAUCCCUCGGCUAGUGCGGGACGAUUCCGCCGGUUUCAGGACAAACGCGAUGCGUCACUGGAGGAAGAUGACGCCGAGGCACCUCCACCCGGUUUGCGUGGCCGCGAGCUCGGUCUCUUCUACCGUGACCGUCAGACGGCGAAGAAGCGACGUAACGAAAAGCGCAAUGCAGUCGAUAUUACGAUUCCCGCGUUCCAGAUCCAGCAAAUCCGCACGCAGCUACAACUGGGCGAUGGGGGCGACCAGGAGGGCAACGCAAUUUUUCGAGAUUUUGUCGAAAACGAAAACAUCCGUUCCGUGUUCCGGAACGAGUAUUUACGCGUUAUCACGAAAACGCUCGAGGAGGUGCUGCGCGAAGAGAGCGGUAAGGUGGAACCACCGGAGCUCACCACGACACGGCUGGAUGAGGAACUGUACGAAGAGUUUGAACGUAGCGACCGUUCGACGCAUCGGUUGAGUGAGUUUCGUCGGAAGCUUCCGGCGUACGCUUCACGAUCCGAGGUGCUGGAUAUGAUCGAACGGCAUCAGGUGAUACUGGUGAAAGGGGAAACCGGGAGCGGCAAGACAACCCAAGUUCCGCAGUACAUUCUCGAGGAAGCCUCACUACGGAUGGCAGGCAGUCGCUGUCGGGUGCUCUGUACACAACCGCGGCGUAUCUCCGCCAUCACGCUUGCACGCCGUGUGGCAGAGGAACGCAGUGAACGGCUAGGCCGAUCGGUAGGCUACCAGAUACGGCUCGAAGCCGAACGACCACGGGCAAAUGGUGGAAGUAUCAUGUUCUGCACCACCGGUAUCGUGCUGACGAUCAUGCAAUCCGAUCCUUUGCUGCGCGAAUACUCACAUCUCGUGCUGGACGAGAUACACGAGCGAGAUGUCAUCACGGAUUUGCUGUUGGCCAUCAUACGGAUGGUGCUACCCUACCGGAAGGAUCUUAGGGUCAUUCUAAUGAGUGCGACAUUAACAGCAGAAACCUUCUCGGCGUACUUCAACAAUUGUCCGAUGGUUGAAAUCCGUGGCAUCACCUUUCCAGUCCGCGAAUACUAUCUGGAGGAUGUGCUAAAGGAACUGAAGUACUAUAGCUUUGAGGAUAGAACGGGCCGGGCACCAAGAGACCGUAAGGGAGCGGUACAAAAAGCUGGAAGCGAUCAAUUCUACGAUAUGAUCGAAGCGUAUGUCGAUGAAAUUCGAAAUCACUAUCCAGCGCCCGUUCUUCGUGCGUUGUGCAGUCCUGGAAGUGAGAGCCAUCAGAACGAUUUGAUCGUGGAGCUACUGUACUACAUUACCUGCGCGAAACCGGACGGUGCCAUUCUAGUAUUCCUGCCGAGCGUAAUGCAAAUAUCGGAUAUCUACAAGCUGAUCCACGAUCACCCACAGCUAUCGAAAGCACGGCUCGCCGUCUAUCCGCUCCAUUCCAAGAUACCGACGACGGAACAGACGGCAGUGUUUGAUCGUCCGUCAGCUGGCACGCGCAAGAUCAUCCUGGCCACCAACAUUGCCGAAACGUCCAUCACCAUCGACGAUGUGGUGUACGUCGUCAAUGCCGGACGGCAUAAGCUGAACAUGUACGAAAACGGUGUAUCGGCGCUGCGAGACGAGUGGAUCUCGCUCUCGAACGAAAUCCAACGGAAAGGUCGCGCCGGACGCGUCCAGGAAGGCGUCUGCUAUCAUCUGUACAGCCGCGGGCGGAGACGCACCUUUCUGGAGAACGUUCCACCGGAGAUCCUGCGCGUGGCGCUCGAUGAGGUCAUUCUGAACAUCAAAAUCCUUCGUUUAGGAGAGGCACGGAGCUUCAUGGAUCGCUUGUUAGACAAACCGUCCGAUGAAGUGAUCGAAGAGUCGUUAAAGUUGCUCAACCGCUUGAAUGCGAUCGAUGACGAUCAGAAGCUUACGCCGCUCGGGUACCAUCUGGCACGGUUACCGAUGGAUCCGCGCACCGGCAAGAUGGUACUGUUGGCGAGCAUCUUCAGCUGUGUCGAUCCGAUCACUUCGAUCGCCGCCAGCCUGUCGUUUAAGAACGCGUUCUAUAAACCGCUCGGUAAGGAAAAGGAAGUGGAUCGUAUACGGCGCCGGUUUGCGGACGGCAUUGCUAGCGAUCACAUCAUGCUGGCACGCGUGAUCGAUGAAUGGCGGGGACAAUCGAACCGCGCCGGCUUUUGCCACCGGAACUUUCUCAACAAUGCGACACUCCAGCAGUUGAGCAACAUGAAGCGCCAGUUUUGCGAGUAUUUACACGGUGCCCGGUUCUUACCGUCGAUCGGUUGCGAUGCACCGGAGAACAAUCGGCAUACGGGCAGCAACGAGCUGUUGGCGGCGAUCGUUGGAGCUGGUCUCUACCCAAAUGUGGCGUUCAUUCGAAAGGUCAUCCGAUCGCGCAACAGUCCGGAUGGGCGUGCUAUCCUGAGCAUUGAAGGGCAGGGCCGGGCCGAAAUCCAUCCAUCGUCGGUCAACGGUAACCGGGGUGUUUUUCAUUCAAAUUUUGUGGUUUACUAUGAUAUGCAGAAACUGUCGGCGUUGACCAUCUUCGACACAACGGUGGUGAAUCCGUUUCCCUUGCUGUUCUUCGGCGAUAACCACGUUGAAACGGAGGAUGACCACGAGCUUAUCUCAAUAGCAGGACAUUACUGUCUCAAAUGUGAUAAAGCAACGUACCGCUUGAUACAGGAUCUUCGCAACGGAUUCAAUUUGUUUUUGCAGAAGAAAAUCUGUGAACCAUCACCGGUCGACUGGAACUCCCGGGAGGGCGAUCUGUUACGUGCUAUCAUUAAACUAAUAACCAUCGAUUGCAAGUACGACGACCAUUUCGAUGAUGAUGAUCCAGCAUACGGCAACGAGCAAGGAUACUAGAUGGAUUUUUGUGAAACUGGGGAAACGUAAAGCCAAAGCAAAGCCGAAGGGAAAGGAUUCGCCUCAAUGAUAUUCCAGUUUCAGUAACUAAUUAAAGGAAGAUUUCAAUCAUUUUUGCUUUUGA